AUGAUCCACAUUGUGAGACUCACCUUUAUUAAUUCAGCACUCCUAAUUGUGGAGCCACCUAAAGAUCUUAAGAGUUGUAGACAUGAAGAAAGUACAGAUGUCACUGGAAAAAUAAAUAAGAAUGAAAUGGUCCAGCUGUCCACCUGCCAGUUUGCACCUGACCCAGCUCAUUGGCAAGAGGUGCAGGAUUAUCAUGGGCAUAAAAUUUCUGACCCUUAUGCUUGGCUUGAAGACCCAGACAGCGAGCAGACAAAGGCUUUUGUGGAGGCCCAGAACAAGAUCACUGUGCCGUUCCUUGAGCAGUGCCCCAUCCGAGGCUUAUACAAGGAGAGGAUGACUGAGCUGUAUGACUAUCCCAAGUAUAGUUGCCACUUCAAGAAAGGAAAGCGGUAUUUCUAUUUUUACAAUACAGGUUUGCAGAACCAGCGAGUAUUAUAUGUACAGGAUUCCUUAGAAGGUGAAGCCAGAGUGUUCCUAGACCCCAACGUACUCUCCGAUGAUGGCACCGUGGCGCUUCGAGGCUAUGCAUUCAGUGAAGACGGUGAAUAUUUUGCCUAUGGUCUGAGUGCCAGUGGCUCCGACUGGGUGACAAUCAAGUUUAUGAAAGUCGAUGGUGCUAAAGAGCUUCCAGAUGUGCUCGAAAGAGUCAAGUUCAGCUGUAUGGCCUGGACCCAUGAUGGGAAGGGAAUGUUCUACAACUCUUACCCCCAGCAAGAUGGAAAAAGUGAUGGCACAGAGACGUCCAGCAACCUCCACCAGAAGCUCUGCUACCAUGUCUUGGGGACUGAUCAGUCAGAAGAUAUUUUGUGUGCUGAGUUUCCUGAUGAGCCCAAAUGGAUGGGUGGAGCUGAGUUGUCUGAUGAUGGUCGCUAUGUCUUGUUAUCAAUAAGGGAGGGGUGUGACCCUGUGAACCGGCUCUGGUACUGUGACCUAGGUGACAGGAUGCUUGCUCUCUCACCAGGAAUCCUGAAGUGGGUGAAACUGAUCGACAACUUUGAAGGAGAAUAUGACUACGUGACGAACGAGGGCACAGUGUUCACGUUCAAGACCAAUCGCCAUUCUCCCAACUAUCGCCUCAUCAACAUCGACUUCACGGAUCCCGAGGAGUCGAAGUGGAAGGUGCUGGUUCCUGAGCACGAGAAGGAUGUCUUGGAAUGGGUAGCCUGCGUCAGGGCUAACUUUCUGGUGUUGUGCUACCUCCACGACGUGAAGAACACGCUGCAGCUCCACGACCUGGCCACGGGCGCCCUCCUGAAGACCUUCCCACUCGAGGUGGGCAGCAUCGUGGGCUACAGCGGGCAGAAGAAGGACACCGAGAUCUUUUACCAGUUCACUUCCUUCCUGUCUCCAGGCAUCAUUUAUCACUGUGAUCUCACCAAAGAGGAGCUGGAGCCAAGAGUCUUCCGAGAGGUGACUGUGAAAGGAAUCGAUGCUUCCGAUUACCAGACCGUCCAGAUUUUCUACCCUAGCAAGGAUGGUACCAAGAUUCCAAUGUUCAUCGUGCAUAAAAAAGGCAUAAAAUUGGACGGCUCUCAUCCUGCCUUCUUAUAUGGCUACGGCGGCUUCAACAUCUCGAUCACACCCAACUACAGUGUGUCCAGGCUUAUCUUUGUGAGACAUAUGGGUGGCAUCCUCGCAGUGGCCAACAUCCGAGGAGGCGGUGAAUACGGAGAGACGUGGCAUAAAGGUGGUAUCUUGGCCAACAAACAAAACUGCUUCGAUGACUUUCAGUGUGCUGCUGAGUAUCUUAUAAAGGAAGGGUACACGUCUCCCAAGAGGCUGACAAUUAAUGGAGGGUCAAAUGGAGGCCUCCUAGUGGCUGCUUGUGCAAAUCAACGGCCUGACCUCUUUGGUUGUGUUAUUGCCCAAGUUGGAGUAAUGGACAUGCUGAAAUUCCAUAAAUACACCAUCGGCCAUGCCUGGACCACGGAUUAUGGGUGCUCAGACAGCAAACACCACUUUGAAUGGCUUAUCAAGUAUUCUCCGUUACAUAACGUGAAGCUACCAGAGGCUGACGGAAUCCAGUACCCGUCCAUGCUUCUCCUCACCGCCGACCACGAUGACCGUGUGGUCCCGCUUCACUCCCUGAAGUUCAUUGCCACCCUGCAGUACAUCGUGGGCCGCAGCCGGAAGCAAAGCAACCCCCUGCUUAUCCACGUGGACACGAAGGCGGGCCACGGGGCCGGGAAGCCCACAGCCAAAGUGAUAGAAGAAGUGUCAGAUAUGUUUGCAUUUAUAGCGCGGUGCCUGAACAUCGACUGGAUUCCGUAACGGAGCUGCCCACGCCCUCCUGACAGCCACACAGAACCUCAAGGGCUUCCCCACCGUUAAACCCGAGAAACCACUGGGCGUGCUGCUUCCCACGUGAACACUGUUCCUGCACUCACAGACUGCCGUUGAGCAGAACUGCUGCGGGAAGCAUUUUAUCUUUUUUAGCCUCCUCCUUUUUAGCAAGCCCUUGGCGUUUUCUGUGUUUGUUUUCUCCCUUCUACCCUGUGCAGGCACAUGUUUAAAAAACAAAACAGAAAAACAGGCAUGUUUGGGUAAAUAAGGAAAUGGAAGUCAACACAACGUGAAUAUUAGGUUCCUGAAUUAAGAGUCGUAGUUGGGCAUCCUUCGUAUAUAGCACCUCAUGGAAUCUGCUUCUAUAAUCAUAACCAGUAUAUCUCUACAUAAAUGUGAGACCUGUUCUCAUGAAUGACUUCUUUGCAACAACAAUAAAUGUUAUUUAAGAACAGGA